UGUGUCCCCGCCCCGGCAGCUCAGUCAAUCCAAACUGAAGAGAGGGCGAGUCAACGGCUAAAAAUACAUACUGCUAACACAAGAUGGCCGGUUUGCCUCGUAGGAUUAUAAAGGAGACACAGCGGUUGAUGGCGGAGCCUGUCCCAGGGAUCACGGCUACGCCAGACGAAGGGAAUGCACGCUACUUCCACGUGGUCAUCGCGGGGCCUCAAGACUCUCCUUUUGAAGGAGGCACGUUUAAACUUGAACUAUUUCUUCCAGAAGAGUAUCCCAUGGCAGCUCCCAAAGUGCGAUUCAUGACCAAAAUCUAUCACCCCAAUGUUGACAAACUGGGAAGAAUAUGUUUAGACAUUUUGAAAGACAAGUGGUCUCCAGCCCUGCAGAUCCGUACAGUGUUGCUAUCUAUCCAGGCGUUAUUAAGUGCUCCCAACCCAGAUGAUCCCCUGGCAAACGACGUCGCAGAGCAGUGGAAGAAGAACGAAAGCCAUGCCAUCGAGACAGCCCGAACAUGGACCAGGCUCUACGCGAGCAACACUGAAGUAUAGAAGAAGCGAGAAGAGGCGACUGAAUGUGAUCUACAAAAUGUACUCCUAUUCUGUCAACAUUUGAAUUUAACGGACACACACGAGAAAACAACAACAAAUGAGUCCAAAUCUAUUUGAAAGAAAUGAUGAGAUUUACUGUUGCAGACCUUUGGGUGACUUAUUUUCCUCUCUUAAAACGCGUUAAAUGUGUGUUAGCCUUGUCGUCCAUUUAUUAUUAUUUUUUUCUUCAUUCUUCUUUUUCUGUGUUGCUAUUUAAAUGCGAGGUCGACACCCUCCCCACGUCCGUGUCCUGAUUUAGGCACCGGCUGGUACGUUUGCAAACUCUUCAUGCAUUAAAGCUUUUCAUCUUUUAACAAAUAUAUUAUUUGUCACCACAUCUGUAUGUCUUUUUGUUCAAAUCUGCCAGUUGUUAAAUCACAGACGUCCCACUUCCACAAUUCAUUUCAGGAAAAAAUUAAUUGGUUUAAUUUUAUUUGUAAGGGAAGAUAAAAGCAACAAGGUUUGCUGGAUUUUAACUGUAGGUGUUUCAUAAAACCCAAAUGUUAAUGCUCCAGUUAUAGUCRUCAUCACAGCACUUAAAACUGAACUCCCAUAUUUUGAAACUUAAAAUAAAAACUGGUGAGGCAAAAUGAUAAUUUAGGAUUUAAACUUAUUACAACCUGAGGAAGUUAUUGUUAAAAGUAAAAAUUUCCAGAAAGUGCCUGUGAAAUUUGAUGGAGGAGCCACAGAUAUUUAAAGAGGACGUUAGACAAAGUAAGAUCCUGAUUUUAGUUUAGAUGAACAGAAUACUGUCCAAUUAAAUCUGUUUUAGGAAGCAGUUCAUAUAGUUAAUAGUUACUGGUUAAAUUUCAUGUUAAAAUUUUGAUAAAGCAAACAUCUGAAUCCACUUAACAGAUUUAAAUUUUUUAAAGCAACGUUCUUGUUCUCAUUUAAACCUUUUUUUUUUUUUUACCAUUUCAUGCCAUUUUGUUUUGCGUCAUUUGAUAUCAGUUUAAAGUCAUUUUAGUCAGCGCUGCGGGUGUUUGGGUGCUUUUUUUUAAGGGAAUGUUUAGUUUUUGUUUUCUGUGAUUUGGUCAAAAGGACUUUUGACCUUUUUGUUAUACGGGUGGGAUGAUUAUGCAAGUGAGUUUAAACACUUCGAGGAGAUUAGUCCUGAGAUUAGUUGAUUGUGAUGGUGGAAAACAGUGAUGUUACAAAUAAAACAUAUUCAAAGUUUAAGUCCUGCUGGGUUUUGUAUUGGCUGGAGAGAACUUAGCAAAUCAUAGAUGAUCUAUAAAAGUACUUUAUGAAAAUCAUUUUUAUCAGAAUUACUAGAUGUAGAGAUCAACACUAGGCUGCCCCCACCCCUUAGUUUUUUGUUUAAUUGCAGUCAAAUUUUGGUUUGUUUUAUUUUUUGCUUUCCAGCCAUUGUAUUUGUCCAAGUCUGAUGAAUCAAGAAACCUGGUAAAUUUGUUUCCCAAAAGGACUUAACAGUAAACUAGAAUAAAAUAAUAGAAAUAAUGGAUGAAACAUCUAUAGAUAAAACAUUGGAAUUCAACUGAUAAAUCGUACGUGGGGAGAAAAAAGGUGUCGAUUUCAGUAUCUCUGCAUAAAUGGCUCUUCAAACAUCCUGUAAAUAAAGUGAGUUCAGUAAGUAA